AUGGACCAGCGAUUGAGAUGGAAACGGAUGGUGGUGAUCUUCAUGUUGUCAUAUGCUGUGUUCUGUUACAAUUUAAGUUUCUGUUGGGCUCACAAUACUGAAGGUAUGGCAUUGUUGAAGUUUAAAGAGAGAGUGAGUACAGAUCCAUUUAAUGCUCUGUCGAGUUGGGAUUUCAGUUUUGGAGGUUCAAAUUCAUGCUCAUGGUUCGGCGUCAAAUGCUUCAAUGGCAAAGUUGUCACUUUGAAUUUGAGGGAUCUUUCUCUCGAAGGAAAAUUGGCACCUGAACUGAGACAGCUUACUCAUUUGAAGUCUAUCAUCUUACGGAAUAAUGCUUUUUGGGGAACUAUUCCUGAAGAAAUUGGAGAACUGAAGGAGCUGGAAGUCUUGGACUUGGGAAACAACAACUUAGGCGGUCCACUUCCCUCAAUUUUUCACAAAAAAUUGUCCAUGUCAAUCCUCUUACUAGACAAUAACAAAUAUUUAAAUAGCAUAGCUGCUGAAACUUACAAUGUUAAGAUAGUUUCCAUGUCUCAAGUGAUUAAUGAUCAACCAACUACUAAUGUUUUAAGGGCGAGUCAUCGUUGGCAAUCCAAUGUUCGGAAAACCAUGCACUAUGGACUCAUAGGCCAGCGGAAGCUGCUGCAAGUGACGACUUCUCCAAAUUUGAUGAAAGCCGAGAAGGAUCGGCCUAAUAAGGGGGGUUCUAUAUCGUCUUCACCAUCUUCAUCCCCAGUGUCGCCGUCUCCGUCGCCAUCACCUUCAGUCUUGUUUCCUAAUACUCCGUCAUCCUCUAUAUCAGUUCCCCCAUCAACAUUUAUAUCACCUUCUUCAGUCUCUGAGUCUCCUUCACCAUCAGAGUUUCUAAUUCCCUCAGCAUCCAGAGAGCUUUCACCAAGGGCAUCUUCAGCACCUCCCAUAUAUCCACCUAUCAUUGUUGGACCACGGAGGGUGUCUCAUGCUCCACUGUCUACCCAUGCUUCAGCUCCUAGCCUAACUGUUAAAAAUACAUCUAAACCAAAGCGUCGUCUGAUAAUUAUAUUGCCCGGAAUAAUUGGAAGUUCUUUAUUCAUAUUUGUAUCAGCCCUUUGUUUCUUUUAUUUCCGCAGAAUUAAGGUUGUUACUGUUAAACCUUGGGCAACAGGGUUAAGUGGGCAGCUGCGGAAAGCAUUUGUAGCAGGUGUGCCAAAGCUCCACCGAUCAGAACUUGAGAUAGCUUGUGAAGAUUUCAGCAAUAUAAUUGGGUCACUGUCUAAUGGCACUGUUUACAAAGGGACCCUUUCAAGUGCUGUUGAGAUAGCAGUGACAUCUACUACUGUGAUGUCAGCUAAGGACUGGUCGAAGAAUUUAGAAGCCCAGUUCAGAAACAAGGCACACACACUGUCAAAACUGAAUCACAGAAACUUUGUUAACCUUAUUGGAUAUUGUGAAGAAGUGGAGCCUUUUACAAGAAUGAUGGUAUUUGAGUAUGCUUCAAACGGGACGUUGUUUGAACAUCUACACAUUAAAGAAUCGGAGCACUUGAACUGGGCAACACGGUUGCGCAUAGCCAUGGGCAUAGGAUAUUGCCUCGAGUAUAUGCACCAUCUCUCACCACCUAUGACCCAUAAAAACCUGCAAUCCUCAUCUGUAUAUCUAACAGAAGACUAUGCAGCCAAAAUUUCAGACUUCGGCUUCUGGAAUGAAGUAACAGCAACAAAAAUGGGACCAGCAAACAAGGAGCUCUUGGAGACUCCAUUGGUCGAACCAGAAAGCAAUGUUUACAGCUUUGGACUAAUAUUGUUUGAAAUAAUCACUGGUAGACUUCCAUAUUCAGUGGGUAAUGGUUUUGUUGUGGACUGGAUAUUGGACUGCUUGAGGCAAGAGAGGCCACUGAGAGAAGUGGUGGAUCCAACUCUAAAAUCUUUCAACGAGCAACAACUAGAAAAAUUGCUUCAGUUAUACCUAAAUUAUCUCCUCUUUGGUGGGCUGAACUUGAGAUCUUGUCACCUGAAUCAGCCUAAGAGGUUGAGGAGAGCUGGUUGUAAAUGA